UUGAACACUUAAUAGUAAUUUAGUGAUUCUUGACUAACGUGAAGAUAUCUGAUGGUUUCUGCAUCUCUUUUGUAGAUUUUUUUCUCUUCAAUUUUGAUUGCAGACAUCAAUAAUUAUUGAAUUGAAUCAUUGAACGACUGGAUGCUAGUAAAUCCAAUAUAGAUUCAAUACCUGAUUAAACUAUGAUUAUCAAGUAUAAAUGAAACAAAUCGCUUACAACUCCGAAGUUCUUGCGGCAUUUUGACUACUUAACUUUCAAUUUACUCUUAUUUUCGUAAACGACCGGGUGUUAAAAUUGAAACCGAGUCGAUGGAUACUGUUAAAACAGUGAAGAAGCGCAUUACAAGAAUGAAUACAAAAAGUAAGCUUCAAAUGAAUAAACAUAUGCACAAUAUUGAGGAGAUAUUAAAGUGUUCUAACGCUACACCUAUUCGUGGCUACGAAGGGCAAGGCUACAGAUGUUGCUAUUGUUCCCAACAAUAUUUAAAACCAAGCGAACUCAAAGCUCACACUGUUGAGACACACGAAGGCAUCACCAAAGCAGAUUUCGGAUAUCCCCAUAUAGAAAAAUUUAAUGUUAAAGUUGAUAUAACCGAUCUUCGAUGUAAACUGUGCGGGCAUAGUAUUGAUAAUAUAGAUGUACUAAUUAAUCAUCUCAUCAAUGAUCAUAAUAAAGCGAUGUACACAGAUAUUAAAAGUCAUAUAAUACCAUUUAAAUUUGACAACAGUGAAGGUCUUCGUUGCUUCAUAUGCUCGAACAGAUUCAAUGCGUUCAAGGCGAUAUUGGAACACAUGAAAUUGCAUAUAAGAAACUUUGUCUGCCCAAUUUGUGACGCUGGAUUCAUAACUCGAAGUCAGAUGAGAUAUCACCGCCAGACACAUAAGACUGGUUCAUUCAAAUGUGAUCAUUGCGACAAAGUGUUCAGUACGUCCCUCAAAUGUAAAAGUCAUGUGAGGAGCGUUCACGAGAAGAGCGUUUUGAAUAAGUGCGGAUUUUGUGAUGCGACAUUUAUAUCCUAUAGGCAUAAACAGAAACAUCAGUCCGAAGAGCACGGCCUGGAAUGUCAAGUUAAAUGUGACGCAUGUGGGCGUUCCUUUCAAAGUCAGGGUUCAUAUAGAAAGCAUUUGCGGGCGAACCACUUAAUGGAGCGUCAGUUUGAAUGCUCGUUCUGUGAAUUGAAGUUUUUUACGGUCACUGGAUUGAAUAGGCAUAUGGUAAAGCACACAGGGUCAAGAGACUUUAAGUGCGAUGUUUGUCAGAAGGCGUUUGGACGUCGAAAUACGUUGAGGGAGCAUAUGCGUAUUCAUGCUGACGAUAGGAGAUUUAAAUGUGAAUAUUGUGGAUUUGCUUUUGUCCAAAAGUGUAGCUGGCGCGGCCAUAUGCGCACGAGGCAUGGUGAAGAGGUUUAGA